AUGGCUGCAGUUGCGACUCGAAGUUCCAACAACUCACCUCACCUCAACAACAGAAUUUCUAAUGCAGUCAAUGCAGAUACCACCGGAUCGACCUCAGCCCCUUCGACGGAGGCAAGAAACGACUCAAAGGUUACUCAAGACUCGAAUCCAACAUCCAAUGCCCAACCACUCGCCCCUCCUCCUCGUCCAGCACAGACAUCGACCGCCACUGACACUCCCGACUAUUUCUCCUCCCUCCACAACAAUAACCAACAACAUUUAUACGAACCCAACCCGUUCGAAGCGCAGUUUGGGUCGUCAUCUACCGAGACACCGGGGAAGUCUUUCCUACCUGGCGUGGCAAGCCUGACCUCUCCAUCAUCCCUAUUACCCGGCAAUACACCUGGCUGGACCAACUCAUUACGAUCGGGGCCAUUGAGCCCGGCCAUGCUAGCUGGCCCAGCUAAUCCCGGCGACUACUUCGGUGAACCCUCGUUUUCGCGUGGCUUCCCUACCCCGAACGAAUCAUCGCUACGGACCGGUCUGACUCCGGGCGGUGGCGGCACAAUGUUUCCUGCGCCGAGCCCUAACUCACAAGCUCUGUUUAAUUCGUUUGCGGGAGGAGGCCAGACACCUGGCACCCUCGAAUUCCAACGCACCGCACUCGCGGUCAACGCGGCGAAGGGUGGUGCCAACCCUCCGACGUCACAGCCUCCGGCAACCACGGGGAUGGACACCAAAGCAUACCCAGCGACGACCCAAGCGGGCGGGCAUGAUCCAUUUGCUGGGGACGCUAACGACGCUGCCAACGGCCUCUUCAUGCUCGCCCAAGCCAACGGCGCGCGGAACGGUGCGAACUCUUUCGCCGUCCCCAACCCGCCGACAUCGGUUGCUCCUGGACCCGACGCGAGCCCGAUGGUGAAACCUGCCGGGAAGCACAGCAGCAUCGGUAGUAUCUCCGCUCCCGACACCAACGAAAACAUGUCGGAUAGCGAAAGCGAACCCCCAAGCGCAUCGAAGCCGUUGACGCGAUCAAAAGGCCGGAAGGGCGCGACCAAGGGUGCCGCCAACAAUCGGAGGAAGAGGGAGGAGGAAACCCCCGCGAAGGGUAACGCCAAUAAGCGCAGCAAGCAGAGCUUUGGGAGCGUCGGAAGUAACACCCACGAUGAAAAUAGUGACGACGACGAAGACAUGAAGGACGAGGAAAUGAUGCUGAACGAGAAGGGCAAGAAGAUGACGGAUGAAGAGAAGCGAAAGAACUUUUUGGAGCGGAAUCGCGUCGCCGCGCUUAAGUGCCGCCAGCGCAAGAAGCAAUGGCUCGCCAACCUCCAGCAAAAAUGCGAACUCUACACCACCGAGAACGACCACCUCACCUCCACCGUCAACCAUCUCCGCGAAGAAAUCGUCACCCUCAAGACCCUCCUCAUGGCCCACAAAGACUGCCCCGUCUCCCAGGCCCAAGGCCUCAACAGCGCCGCGCUGUCCAAUAUGCUCGACGGCCCGGGCGCCGGUAACCCCAUGGGUGGGAACAUGCUCGGGGUGAGCGGUGCGCCGGGGAAUGUCGGCAUGGUCGGCAUGGGCAUGCCGGCGGGGCCAUACGGGAUGGGGAAUAUGCCGAAUGGCGUGGGGAUGGGGAUGAUGGGCGUUGCUGGAGGGAACCAGGCUAAUGUGCAACGGAAGUAA